AUGAACAUCAUACUAUUUGUACUAUUUUUGGUACCAGCUACGAGUGCGAUUUUACCCGAGCCAAUAGAUCAAUGUGUAACAGAAACGACCUCAUUUCAUACACUUCUUAACUUUGCCUCAAAUAUUGUAAAAGUGAAUGACGCUAUCUGCAAUAGCAAUGACACACUGAAAUCAGGAGGACAGAUUUCUGAUUAUAACACAGGAUUGGCAACAAAAGAGGAUAUCAGAAAAAUAAACAUGCAACUUGCAGCAAUACUUGGAUUACUACAAAGUUGUGGGAAAGACGCCUGUCAUACGUUAUACAUGUACCCACAAGACUGUGAGGACCUGUUAAACAGAGGUUACAGAGAGAGUAAGGUGUAUACCAUUUACCCAAAUAAAGGAACUGGAUUCCAGGUCUAUUGUAAUCAAGAGACAGCUGGAGGUGGAUGGACGGUAAUACAAAGGAGACAGGAUGGAUCCGAGGAUUUCUUCAGAACCUGGAAUGAGUACAAGAAUGGGUUCGGAAACAUAUCAAAUGAAUUUUGGCUAG